AUGCCAGCAGUAAAUGUUGAUGUUUCAAAGCUAAAGGUGCCUGACCACAUAAAUUUAGCAGACCCAACCUUUUUCAAAUCAAGCAAAAUCGAAAUUUUGAUAGGAGCAGACAUAUUCUGGGAGGUCAUCUGUGCUGGGCAGAUACCUUUAGGCCGAAACAACCCCAUACUGCAAAAAACUCAAUUCGGUUGGAUAGUAUCCGGUCCAAUCGGCGUAAAAUCUAGUUCGGUCGCAUGCAACUUUAUACAAAAUGACAAUGUCGAUACGGAUAUUCAAAAAUGUUUGACUAAGUUUUGGGAAGUGAAAGAAACACCCUUAAAGUUACCAAGGUCGAAUGAGGAAAAUGCGUGUGAAGAACAUUUUAAGCGAUACACUAAACAAGAUAAAGACGGGCGUUUUGUAGUAACGUUACCGUUUAAGGAGAAUCCUGAAAAACUAGGAAGCUCACGGGAAAUAGCAAUAAAGCGAUUCAUGUCUUUAGAACGCAAAUUAGAAGGGGACGCACGCUUGAAAAAAUUAUAUGACGAUUUUAUGCGCGAAUACGAGGAUUUAAACCAUAUGAGUAGGAUACAGGAUACCGAAACUGACAAAAGUUCCUACUAUAUGCCUCACCAUGGAGUUAUAAAAAAUGAUAGCUUGACAAUGAAGCUUAGAGUCGUUUUUGACGCGUCGUCGCCAACUUCUUCCGGAUUAUCGCUUAAUAACUUACAAUAUGUCGGUCCCACCCUUCAACAAACUCUUUUUUCUAUUUUGUUAAGAUUUAGGCAACAUGAAUUGGUAGUAAGCGCGGACAUUACAAAGAUGUAUCGCCAGAUUCUAAUAGAGCCCGAGCAACACCGGUUUCAGCGGAUUUUAUGGAGACAAAAGCCGAGUGAUACGUUAACUACAUACGAAUUAAAAACCGUAACGUACGGUACAACAGCGGCAUCAUAA